AUAAAUGUUUUGAUGAUAUUGGUGUUGUAGGAUAGUGAGGUUCUCUUUCAUCUUGCAAAAUAAAUUACUUAUUAUUAUUACUGUUUCUAAUUUUUUGUGUAGUAACCUAUAGGGAUCGAACAUCCAAGGCAACAUUUGUUCGUGUUAAUGCUGAUCAUGAAGUCAGCGGCUCAAAACCUAUUGAUGAUCAGCAUCGAUCUGUUCGUCCUGAUCUGCUGGUUAUGAAUGAUGGUGUUGAAGUUGUUAAUGGUGAAGUUGACAAGGAGGAUUGUGGUGGCAAAAGUAAAAAAGAGCUAGUCGAAUGCAAUUUGCAUACACCAAAAGUAAUGAAGGACAUGUUUUGUCAAUCAUUAACUAAAGGAAAGAAUGCCGAAUCACUUGCUCGAAAACUAAAAAUAGUGGCUUUGAAUGAAAACAGUAGAAGAUUGAGGGUUUCCAUUAUGGAUUCACCAGCUGGAUAUGUAACUCGCUUACUUCAUAUGAAUGAAUAUGAAAUACCAGUCAAAGCUGCCUCGAUUGUUACAGAUCUAUUCAAUAUGAUGAAAACUGUUUUAAAAGCAAAGGCCAUUGCUAUUGAAAGCAUAAAGCAAAUCGAGAAGCAUCAAGAGCCACAAGAAAAGAGCAGUGAACCAGGCUACAGUUUUCAGCAAAGUUCAUCAAAACAGUUGUACAUAUCCCCGUCGCUUUAUUUUACCACCACCAACAAAAAACAGAAAAAAACAUAAAUCCACCUUGAAUAAGUCUCUUUUGUACAUAUAUUUUCAUAUUUUGUCUAUAAAAAAUAAUCAGUACCACAGUGCAAAUCACAAGGCUGCAUCACUGCAGCGCUUGGAGCAAAAGAAUGCGUUCAACAUUUGAUUGACACCCCCGCUUAUUGUAACAACAAACACAACACCAGCAUUCACGAGCAACAGCACGCCAGCUUAUCAUUACCACAUAUACGUAUCGACGAG